AUGGCGGCCAAGAAAGUCAGCCCUCCAGGCAAAAUGAGCCAACCACAGCCUCCAGAGAGCUCUGAUUCCUUUGACUUUCUGAAGGACAAAGAGGAGUGUGUCAGGGCACUAGCCUCCGUUAUACCUGGAAUCCCUGACACCGUGCUGGAAAGCAGCCCUCUCUCACCACCCCAGAUCUCCUGGGUGGGCAGUGGCUUUUGUGUUGGUAGGGAUCCUGUUCAGGUUCAGAGGGAAAGAGGGCCUCAACCCACUGGCAGUGGAGCAUCUCUGAAGCGCUGGCACCAAGAUUAUUUGCAGGGAUCUUUAUUCGCACAUCGUUCACAGUAUUUGGGGGAACGCUUGACUCUUCCACAUGCAAACAAUUUUAAAUCCAAAUGUGAGGAUCUCUGCACACGUAACAGAGCUGAAAUUGCCCGGUACAGUCCGGCGAAGGUUCACCUUUUUGGAGUUUUGCUGGCCAUUUUAGGAAACUUGGUAAUCAGCAUUUCCCUAAAUAUUCAGAAAUAUUCUCAUCUUCAGCUGGCACAACAAGAACACCCAAGGCCAUACUUCAAGAGCGUGCUUUGGUGGGUCGGAAUCUUCCUGAUGGCUGUCGGGGAGACAGGGAACUUUGCCGCCUACGGACUCGCUCCCAUUACUCUGAUCGCACCAUUAGGCUGUAUGUCUGUUGCAGGUAGUGCCAUUAUUUCUGUUAUGUUUCUGAAAGAAAAUUUGAGAGCCUCAGAUUUACUGGGUAUGACAUUCGCAUUUGCAGGAACAUAUUUAUUGGUGAAUUUUGCUCCAAAUAUAACUCAGGCUGUCUCAGCAAGAACAAUACAGUAUUACUUUGUUGGCUGGCAGUUCCUGGUCUAUGUGAUUUUAGAAAUAUUAAUUUUCUGCAUUCUCCUAUAUUUCCUUAAAAGAAAAGGAAUGACGCAUAUGGUGAUUCUGCUUACUCUGGUGGCACUUUUAGCCUCAUUGACUGUUAUUUCAGUGAAAGCCGUCUCAGGCAUGAUCACUUUUUCUGUGACGAAUAAAACGCAACUAACUUAUCCCAUCUUCUAUAUCAUGUGUAUCAUCAUGAUAGCAUCUUGUGUUUUCCAAGUCAAGUUCCUGAAUCAAGCCACGAAGCUCUACAACACGACAGCAGUGGUGCCCGUUAACCAUGUUUUCUUUACAACCAGCGCCAUCACCGCAGGUAUCAUAUUUUACCAGGAAUUCCGUGGUGCCGCUUUUCUCACUGUAUUUAUAUAUCUUUUUGGGUGCUUUCUGUCAUUUCUUGGUGUGUUUUUGGUCACAAGAAAUCAAGAAAAGGAACAUCUGCAACAGUCCUAUAUUGAUUUUGGAGAUAUUCCUGGGAAACAAACGUCGGACAAAAUACAACCAGAUUCAAAUGGCUUAUCCUAUGGAACCUUGCCUGAUGGAAGUGACUCAACAAAGAGCCAAAGUGGAGAGAAGAAAGAGGUCUAAAGUGCCCAGAGGGAUGGCUGUGGGCCUGUUACUCGAUACCACCUUUUUAAAAGAUUGCACAUGUUCAAUUUGUGUCAGCAGCUAUUUCAUGCUGACAUGUGCUCACAUUAGUUUCAGCCCUUCCCCACUGUGGACAAUCAGAGCCUUCCUACGCUUUGACAGUCUAAUGUUCUCAUGGAAUGUAACUCGAAGUGUUCCCCACACCCUGGAACUCUCCCUAGUGAUCAUCUAACCAGCUAGAUCUUAAUUGGGGCCUGAAUGCUCAAGCAGGAAUGUCACACAAAAAUGUGCCUUCGAAAUCCGGUCAUAGGAGGCAAAGGUUGCUUCUCCCACGUGGCUUGUAGGCUAUUGCUUGGCUUCAGAAGACCCCUUAGCCCGGCAACCUCAGUCCUGAAAGAAAGUUCUAGGGUACCUUUUAUGAGCCUCCCAUACAGAGCUCCCCUUUUCAUUCCUGAAUUAGAAAGGCAACUCGUCUUUUCUGAAAACUAACCCUUAAAAUCCUCCUUUGAAAAGAAAGGGCCUCUGUAAAAUGAGAAUUUAUAAGUGUCAUUCUGCAGUGGUACCAUAGCAGAAUUCAAAGACUGGUAUGACGGACUAUUUUAAGCCUAAAAAAAAUUUUAAAAAUAGGACUGUGCUCAUUUCCAUAACACAUAUUCUAAAAUUGGAACAGUACAGAGCAUGGCCCCUGGGCAAGGAUGACAAGUGAAUCUGUGAAAUGUUAAGGGGGGAAAUUAAUUAGGACUAAUGGCUGUUUAUUUUUAAUAAAAAUGUAGAAUGAUGGCAUUUUCUUCAGCCA